AUGUCGGGACAAAACUUCAACACUGCAGCCAUGAGAGGACAGUUUUCCAUCGAGUGGAUGGCCCAGAGCAGCCAGUCCUCCGGCACAGAGAGCUCAGCCUCUGGACCCGCCGCCUGUGGGACUCAUUCAGAGAGUCUGCCGGGCUUUUACUGCAGGCAGAAGUCCGAAAAUGGACCCGAGCAGCAAGAAACCAGAAACCAGGGCCUCAAUUCAAUCAGUCUACAGCACCAAACCUCCCACAAUAAUCAAGUAACCGAGGAAGGCUUCAGCAGCGGGACAGAGGAGGAAACAUCCGGCUACGAGAGUGAAGGGGGUCGCUCCCUCUCCCCCUCGGCCCCCACUGACUGCACCUCCACCCCCCCGGCAUCCCCUCCGUCAGGGAGGAGACCCCGUACGGCCUUCACAGCAGAGCAGAUCAGUAGCCUGGAGAGGGCCUUCAAGAGAAACGCUUACCUGGGAACACAGGACAAAUCCGAGCUCUGCAAGAAGCUCAGCCUUUCUGACAAACAGAUCAGAAACUGGUUCCAGAACAGGCGGAUGAAGCUGAAGAGGACGGUGCAGGACGCCCUGGCUCACGCCUGCCAGGCAAACGUCGCCUCUCAGUUCAUGCAUUACCCCGAGCUGCAGGCCUACAGAUCGGGACCCUACCCCAGAUAUCACUCUGCAGCAGCAGCCCAGGACGUCCAAGCCGCUGGUUCCUACAUCCACCCACACAGCCUGCAUUACAGCUCCCCUCUGCCCAGCGUCACCUCUCUGCCCCUGGACUCUUUCUACCAGUACAGCAGCCUCCCUGGAGUCAUGCUGCCGUCUGCCACAUCUCAGAUAAUGGGAUCCUACUCAGCUUACCCUCAGUAUUACUGA